AUGUCAUUGCCCGCCUGUCUCUUCGCCGAGGUGCCACGGCCUGCCGCGGAAGGCCUCAUCAUCGACGAGUAUGUCUUCGAUCCCGACGGGGAUACUCAGUAUAUUCUCAAGAACCCCAGCAAACCCGUCACAAUCGACAUUGGCGGUAGGAAGCGCUUGAAUCGUUCUCCCGGCCCUGAGAGUGAAAGCAAACGAGCUAGAACCUUGUCAGGCAAAGCUCCCCAGCCCAACUCUGAUAGCUUUUAUCGCGAGCCCCCCAACGAGAUCCAUGCCAAGGUGUCCGGGGCUCAUCUGAGGUUGGCAAGCCCCGUCUUCCGCACAAUGAUAACGGGCAGCUGGUCCCAAACUCCUCUCAUACCUACGAACGGGGGCGAAGAGGGCAACCUGCGCCAGCUCACUUCCAGUGAGUGGGACAGCGAGGCAAUCUUGAUCAUGUUCCACAUUAUGCAUGGUCAUCAUAGCCACGUCCCCAAAACUGUGAGCCUCAAGCUGCUCACUUCCAUAGCCACGGUGGUCGAUUACUACCAAUGCCACGAGAUCUUCGAGAUCUUCGUCCAGCAAUGGAUCUCGGCCCUCCAGAGGGAGAAUUCUGUUCCACCUCGAAGCGUCUUUGGAGAGGACGUCGUCCGUUGGCUUUCGAUUUCCUGGGUGUUCGCUCGCGUCGAAAUCUUCAAUGUCAUGGCUGAGACAAUUGUCAGAUUUUCCACUCACCCAAUCCUUGCGAACGAUCUCCCAGUCGGCCCUGCUUUAGGCUUGCUCGAGACCAGAAGGCAGGAAUUGGUAAGCAAACUGUUCACUUAUGUUGGUCGAAUUCAUAAGGCCUUGUGCAUGGGCCAGACGAAUUGCACUGUACCUGAUUGCGCCUCGAUGCUCUUGGGAACUCUGGUCAGAGCUACGCAAAAAAUCGACCACCUCAAAAACGAGGAAACACGCCCCGCCGAUGGCUACUCUCUUUCCAGCGUUAUGGAGACUCUCUCGGGCUACCGGAAACCCAACUGGGCUUCUAUCCGCCACGACCCCGUUGGAAACCCCAUCCCUACGGUCCACAGAUGCUCACUUGAGCAAUUCCUCGUGAAGCCUCUCAAAAAGAUCGAGGCGGAAAUUAAACUUCCCGCCUUUGAUAUCGUUACAAAGGCUGUCGGUACCUCGGCCAGGAAUGCAACGUCUAAGAUGAGAAACCCUGCCAUAUCGGGCGAGCCUGUCCGAAGAUUUGAGGAACACCCCAAGCCCAAGGUCGCAUAA